UUCUCGACUCGCACAGGAAGUGACGGAUGAUUCCACAAGCAACAACAUUCGGUAUGAGAAUGUCAACAUAAACAACACCAGCCUUUAUUCCGUUGAUGAGCCUUGAUUUCACUGAGUCUGUUCUGGGAUUAGUUAAUUUCCACAUCGCGACGUAAUUAUGCUACUUAUGAAGGAUGUCAGAAUGUGUUUCCCAGAGCUGUCUUCAUGCUGCCGAAGUCAUUACCUCAUGAGGCAGCGAGGCAACAAGUCAGCUGCUUUAGUUUUUAGACGCAGCCUGGAUUAGAAAGACAAAAUUACUAUUAGCCAAUCAACUUUGAGCAAAGUGACACGUGACGUCUUUGUAAAGUCAUGAUGGCAAAUCCAGUGAGCAUUCAGACGCUCAGUAAGACAUGGGAACUGAGCCUGUAUGAACUACACCGAACACCACAGGAAGCACUCAUGGACAGCACAGAGAUCGCAGUGUCUCCCAGGAGCCUCCACAGUGAACUGAUGUGUCCAAUCUGUCUGGACAUGCUGAAGAACACCAUGACCACCAAAGAAUGUUUACAUCGCUUCUGCUCUGAAUGCAUUGUCACUGCGCUCAGAUCAGGAAACAAGGAAUGUCCUACCUGCAGGAAGAAGCUUGUGUCCAAGCGAUCUCUGCGUGCUGAUCCAAAUUUUGACGCUCUGAUCUGUAAGAUCUACCCGAGUCGUGACGAGUACGAGGCCCAUCAGGACAAAGUUCUGGAGCAGCUCAGCCGACUGCACAACACGGAGGCGCUCAGCUGCAGUAUUGAGCAGGGCCUGCGCAUGCAGGCCAGACACAGAGCUCAGCGUGUCCGUAAGAUCCACCAGGAGGGUGAAAACGCUAUCAGCGGCGGCGAGGACAAUGGUGACACCCACUCCCACAUCUCACAUGACUCCACCACUGUGAGCUACGGUCCUGAGGCCGGGCCCAGUCGCAACAAGAGACCGCGGGCGUCCGACGAUUCCGGACCCGAGGCCGGCGGAGAGAGCCGCACCCCUCCUCGACGACUACCAAGCCAUGGCACCAACUCUGAGAUCGAACUCAUAUUUCAACCUCAUCCCCUGCUGGUGACCACGCAACAGUACAGCCAAACAAGAUUUGUCAAAACAACAGCCAAUGCGACCGUAGACCACCUGUCUAAAUACCUGGCUCUCCGCAUAGCUCUGGAGGAGCGUCAGACAGACGGUUGUGUGGAGGGAGAGACAGCAGCCGCUGUUAGUGAGAAAGACUUCACUAUCUUCAUUAAGACAGCAGGAGGACAGUUCUCCAUCCUAAAUGGCUCAUUGACUCUGGAGUUAGUGAAUGAGAAGUUCUGGAAGGUCUGUAAACCUCUGGAGUUGUACUACGCUAUGACAGUGGAGCAAAAUCAGACAUCUCAGCUGUGACAGGGACAUAAGAGAUGUAUAGUCAUCAGCACACUGCACAUGAACAGAUGUCCACCAGCAUGAUGACCCAAAUAAAGGGCCACAGGGAUGACAUUUUUGUAGGCCAACCCCAGAAGUUAGUUGGACACACUGGGUUCCCUCACUAAAAAGCCCAUUCAUUUUUUCCUCAUAGACUUCUGGAUUAUUGGGAAAAAAUAUGCUCUGUGUUUAAACGUCAUCCCUGCGUCACGCUAUACUCCAACACACAAUGAUGUCAUCCUUGCAGUCUGUUUUAACUAAGAUCAUAUACUUAAAUAUGUUUGUAUGUCGGUUUGUUUUUGUGUACUUCUACAAUUCAGUUUUUGUGCAACAUGUGUUUUUCUAAACCAGUCCCUGCAACCCCUCUCUCCCAGAAUGUUUGACAGGUCUCUCUAUAUACAACCCGAAUUCCAGAAAAGUUGGGACAUUUUUAGACUUUAAUAAAAUGAAAACUAUAAGACUUUCAAAUCACAUGACCCAAUAUUUUAUUCACAAUAGAACAUAGAUAACAUAUAGCAAAUGUUUAAACUAAGAAAUUUUACAAUUCUAGGCACAAAAUGAGCUCAUUUCAAAUUUGAUUUCUGCUACAGGUCUCAAAAUAGUUGGGACGGGGCAUGUUUACCAUGGUGUACCAUCUCCUUUUCUUUUCAAAACAGUUUGAAGGCGUCUGGGCAUUGAGGCUAUGAGUUGCUGGAGUUUUGGUGUUAGAAUUUGGUUAUCCCGAAGAGUUCGUGGUCGUUUUUGAUGUAUUUUUCGUUUAAUGAUGCACCAAAUGUUCUCUAUAGGUGAAAGAUAUGGACUGCAGGCAGGUGAGUUUAGCACCCGGACUCUUCUACGAAGAAGCCAUGCUGUUGUAAUAGCUGCAGUAUGUGGUUUUGCAUUGUCCUGCUGAAAUAUACAAGGCCUUCCCUGAAAUAGACAUCGUUUUGAGGGAAGCAUAUGUUGCUCUAAAACCUUUAUAUACCUUUCAGCAUUCACAGAGCCUUCCAAAACAUGCAAGCUACCCAUACCGUAUGCACUUAGGCACCCCCAUACUAUCAGAGAUGCUGGCUUUUGAACUGAACGCUGAUAACAUGCUGGAAGGUCUCCCUCCUCUUUAGCCCGGAGGACACGGCGUCCGUGAUUUCCAACUAGGGUGGCCAUUCGUGCCAGUUCCGCCGGACACGUCCCGAACAUGCUUUCGGGUUCGUUCUCCGGAAGUCGCGUUGGUCGACCGCAUACGUCAGGGAUGUCCAAUCCUGCUCCUGGAGGGCCUGUGUCUCUGCAGUUUUAUUCCAACCCUAAUCAAACACACCUGAACCAGCUAAUCAAGGUCUUACUAGGCAGAUUAGAUACUUUGAGGCAGGUGUGGUGAGGGAAGUUUUAGCUAAACUCUGCAGGACACAGGCCCUCCAGGACCGACUUUGGACACCCCUGGCAUACGUCAUCAAGGUUUAAUAUUUCGGGUUUAAUUUCAGAAAAGCAACAGUUACAUUUCAAGGUAAGAUAGACAUAGGGUGGCCAUUCGUGCCAGUUCCGCCGGACAUGUCCCGAACAUGUUUUGGGGUGCGUUCUCCGGAAGUCGCUUUGCUCGACCGCAUACGUCAUCGAGGUUCUCACAUUUCAGUUAAAAUACAUUAGAAAAUUCAGAUUUAUUUCUUUUAAGACAUACAAUCAUUGUAGUUUAAACCUUAAUGACGUAUGCGGUCGACCAACGCGACUUGCGGAGAAUGCACCCGAAAACAUGUUCGGGACGUGUCCGGCGGAACUGGCACGAAUGGCCACCCUACUAAGACAUACCUUUUAUAGCUAAUCAUGUUAUAGACUUGAUAUCCAUUCACUAGAUGUUCUCUCAGCUGAAUCUUUCAAAACUGCUUAAUUUUUUAGCCAUUUGUUGCCCCCAUGCCAACUUUUUUGAGACCUGUAGCAGGCAUUAAAUUUUAAAUGAGCUAAUUAAGUCAAUAAAAGUGUAAAAUUUCUCAGUUUAAACAUUUGCUAUGUUACCCAUGUGCUAUUGUGAAUAAAAUAUUGGCUCAUGUGAUUUGAAAUUCCUUUAGUUUUCAUUUUAUUCAAAUUUAAAAAACAUCCUAACUUUUCUGGAAUUCAGCUGGUGUAUUUAUUAGGCAGAUGUCUAAAGCAUUAGACUUAAAAGUGAUGCUGCCACAUACACACUGAUCACUGUGAGACAUGAUGUCACACGACCACUGAUCACUCUGAAAGGCACCACAUGAAGUUAAACAAGCCUUUAAUAUUUAAUGCUUUUCUUUGCUACCAGUGUUUUCCUUUGCCUUUACCCAUUGUUUAAGGCAGAUGACACACAUUCAACUAGGUUAUACUAGGUUUAUUAUAUGCAAUGACCUGUUAGUUUUUUAUUUUCUUUUGAAACAUUAAAAGUUUGUUCUCUCUA